UGCAGGCUGGGUUAGAAUGAGCUAAACAGGAAGCUCUGCUAUUCCCCACUGUUGGUGAUCACUUUGAAACAAACUGAGCAACCCCUUCUUGCUCCAAUAGACGGAAGCAACCUCUGGCUGUAUAAUCUUCAAGUUCUUACCUCUCCCUUUCACCCAGCUCACAAGAUCAAAUUGCAUUUCUUUCAUGAUUUUCUAGUCCUCUAGCUCCCUGACCUGGUGAAGAAGAAAGAAAAAAAAAGUAGGGAAUAAAUCUUCACUUUUAUGCCUGGAGGGUUAAACUAACCUCAACUCCGUUUUAAAAAGAAACUUUCCAAGAACUUUCUACAGGAACUUUGCUGAAAUGAUCACCAAGAUGAAGAAAGGGGGCAUGCUUGUGGUUGCCAUCUUCUUACUGCUGAGCCAUGCUCCUUGGCCUUUGGAUGCUAACUCUGAAGAUGAGGAAGAACAAGGAGAUGUUUUAGAGAUGUAUUUACCACCACCAAAACUUCUACGUUCAAGUUGUGCCUACAAACCUGAUGAAGGACCAUGUAAAGCCAUGCUCAAGAGGUUUUUCUACAAUAUUUACACUCAACACUGUGAAGAAUUUGUAUAUGGAGGAUGUGAAGGCAAUGAAAACCGAUUUGAAAGUCUGGAAGAAUGCCAGAAACAGUGUUUAGCAGAAUACCCAUGGAAGGCUACAAAGACAAAAUUUCUACAAGAAAAGCCUGAAAUCUGCUUUUUGGAACAAGAUUCUGGAAUUUGUCGAGGAUUACUUCCCAGGUAUUUCUAUAAUAAUCAAUCAAAACAGUGUGAACCUUUCAAGUAUGGCGGGUGCCUAGGCAAUGCCAACAACUUUGAAUCUUUGGAAGAAUGCAAGGAUCUCUGUGAGGAUGGAUUGGAUACAGAGCAAGUAGAUCAUGGUGAAAAAGUAGCUGUUAAAGAAAACAAUAACUCCUCAACAACCAAGCCAACUGAAGUUAGAAAACUUUUUGUUAAAAUAAAGACAUCAAAUGAUGGUUGGAAGAACGCUGAUCACUUUUACCAAGUCUUUCUGAUGGCCUUCUGCAGUUGCAUACAAUUAUUCUUCUUAGGAAUCAUAUAAAAUCCUAGAGUUUGAAGGGACCUAAAUGGAUAGAAAUCCCCCUAUUCUAUCCAAUACAAGACCUUCUCUGGAAUGUCCUCUUGCUGCCUCUUCUUGAGCAUCUUCAUUGAAAGGAAAGUAACUACCUCAUGAGGAACCCAAUUCAAUUGCAGACAUUUCUACUCAACAGAACAAUUGGGUGGUAGUUUAUGGACACACAAAAGUCCAUGUUUUCAGUAUUUUCUUUGUCCUUAAUAGAGCAAAGUUAAUGUAUUUCUAGUAUUGUCUCAUUAAUAAAGUUUCAAUAUUUGCUAACAUAUGAAUAUAUUUCAUUCAUUUGUGUCCCAUAUUAGCCAAGCAUAUACCCUGAAUUAACAGUGAUUCUAUGAAACUAGAUAGUGCUGGGACUGGAUAUUUAUAAAGAUUAUUUGAAUUGCUGCAACAUAUCUGUGGUAGGAGAAGUAUUCGGAGUAAAGGACAUGCAAUCUGGUUUUGGCUCUGAUACUUAUUAGCCAUGUAACUAAAUAUAUGUGGCUUUACACUUUUAAAUUUUGGUUUAUCCAUCUUGACAAUGAGGGUAAUAAAACCUGCAUCAUCUGCCAUAAA